AAGAAAACAAGAGUAGCCAUGAGGACGGUUCGAUAAUCAAUAUCACUCACAUUCACAAUCACAACACCCCAAUCUCAAUCUCAUUCUCUGCACUCCAAAGAUUCUCAAUUAUUAAAUUAGCUUAAAUAACAUCUUCACUUUGACCCAAAUUACCCACCUAUAUAUUCAAACUUCCCCUUCAAUUUCAUAUUUUUCAACCCCACCGUCUAAAAAAACAUACUCAAUCAUAUCACCAAUCAAAUUUCUGAAAAAAAUCUUCAAUCUUUCUCACUUUCUCCGCAUACCCAGUUCUUUAUUUGGAAACUAAAAUAACGGGUUUUGUUUCUUUUGUUAAUUUGAUCAAAAAUUGUUUUUGAUUUUUUUAUCAAUAUCAUCAUCAAUGAGGAAGAGAGAGAGAGAAAACCCAUGUGGGGUUUGUGGGCACUAUCAUAAGUACGAGGAAGGUGAAGUUUGCGGGAUUUGCGGCCACCGGAUGCCGGAAUCCGACGAGAAAUCUGCUCUUCAUGCCAGUGCUUUUCCGUCGGAGAUCUUGCCGGAGUUUCUUUAUCUUGGUAGCUAUGAUAACGCCUCUCGCUCUGAGCUGCUCAAAACGCAGGGGAUUUCUCGCGUUCUCAAUACAGUACCGGCUUGCCAAAAUUUGUACAAGAAUUCAUUCACCUAUCAUUGCCUCCAGGAUAGCAAAACGUUACAAUUUGAUGAUGCCAUUCAGUUUUUAGAGCAAUGUGAGAAGGACAAGGCCCGUGUUCUUGUGCACUGCAUGUCAGGCAAAAAUAGGUCUCCAGCUAUAAUCAUAGCUUUCUUGAUGAAGUCCAGAAGAUGGAGGCUUGCACAGAGUUACCAGUGGGUGAAAGAGCGAAGACCAUAUGUUGAGUUAAACCAAGAUGUAUACCAGCAACUGCAGGAGUAUGAGCAAAAUAUUUUUGCUGGAUCAGCUGAUAGUAACUACUCUGGCCUGGCAGCUUUUCCGCCCGCAGGUGCACCAUCAUCCUUUAGCUUCGGCUUUCAAAAGCCGAAUGACCCGGUUCCUGCUCCAGCUUUCAACAGCGUCGGUGCUACCUCGAUAUUCUCCCGUCCUUUGGAAAUUUCUGCUAGUGAGUUCCAAUUUGGAGCCGGUUAUUCUCAAAAUAACGCAUCCGAGAUUCCCGUUGUUUCCAAUUCAGCAAAGCCAGGCGGGGAUGUCUCAAUGGACUCAUAAAUUUAGAGCAUUUACGUGACGAGAUCAAUGUUUUCCGGAAAUAGAACGAGUUUACAAGUUUUCUUAAGUUAUAAACUGCAAAUGAUACCUUUUUGUUUUGUUUUGUGAUAUGAUAUGUGACUGUUUAUACAGGAGUUUUAGUGGAAUGCAAAAGUAGAUCAUUUGUCA